ACAAAAUAAUAAUCAUUUUGUCUGAAGUACAGAGUAACCUCAUUAUUCAUUCCUCCCCCUUCAGAUCCUUCUCGACACUGUAAAUAUUUGGAGAGAAUUAUAGAUAUACACACACAAACAUACAUAUAUAUACACCAACUCUAGGUUUUCUUGAAAGUAUGGUGUACCCCAAACCAUCACAUUAUUAGCAAGAGAAAAGGGAUUGAAAUGUGUGUAUGGUCUGAACUUGAAUCCGAUGAUCGGGCAGGGUUUUGAAGAUCUUGCAAUGAUAUUGCCAAGGUUGUAGGUGGGAUUAGAUUUUUGCUUAUAAGUAGAAUUCGAUAUAUUCCGCAUAGAAGAACAUAUAUAAAACAAGCCAAAGAGAAAGCUUGAAUGAUUUGUGUGUUGUGAAAAUGAAAUCGGACGUGCAUCUGGAUUAUGCUGAAUUCUGUCUGUCACCAAAACGCUUACGAUGCGAAUUGUUUGUUUCCAGCGAUGGAAACACAGAGAAACUGGCAUCAGGAUUGGUUAAACCAUUUGCGGCACAUUUGAAGGUAGCAGAGGCACAGGUUGCAUCGGCUGCACAGUCUGUUAAACUUGAAGUUGGAAGCUGUAAAAAUUCUGAGACAUGGUUCACAAAGGGAACACUUGAGAGGUUUGUGCGAUUUGUGAACACACCAGAGAUUCUGGAACUGGUCAAUAAAUUGGAUGAUGAGAUUUCCCAACUAGAAGCAGCCCAAAGAAUAUAUUCACAGGGAGCAGGAGAUCAACUUUAUGAUACGGGUGAAGCAAGUGCGACUGUUGCUGCUGAUGCGACGAAGAAGGAACUUCUAAGAGCAUUUGAUGGACGGAUUGAUGCAGUUAUGCAGAACUUGUCAACGGAAUAUGCUCGUGCUGCUGCUGCUGGUUUCAACGUUAAAACAGUCUCGGAACUUCAAAUGUUUGCAGAAAGGUUUGGCGCGCAUCACCUGAACGAAUCCUGCGGCAAGUUCAUAUCGUUGUCGGAGAGGCGGUCCCACCUAAUUAACCCAUGGAAGUUCCGAUCCGACGAUUGGGUCGUCCGAUCAUCAUACGGGUCGGACGCUUCAAUCGUCGACGAUUUGUCCUCCUCACCACCUGCGGAGCCCCUUAAACAGCACGAUGGAUCCUCCGGAUACCAGCAGCAGAAACCCCGCCCGGUCGCCUCCCCGUUACGAUGCAGUUUCAGCCGAGGAUCCACUGUCGAUGCCGUUGCUGCAAUUGAUGAGAAAGAAGAGAGCACAGCUUCUGAUCAGGCUGAGUCAAUUCAGGCUUCUCAGUCCACGGCGAGGCGACUCAGCGUGCUGGACCGGAUAAGUUUGUUCGAGAACAAGCAGAAGGAGAAUUCUUGGAGUGGGGCAAAGCCCGUUGUUGGAAAGUCUGGUGAGCUCCGGAGGCUGUCAUCUGACCUAUCCUUGGCGCCAUCCACUGCAGCGGAGAAGGCAGUGUUGAGGAGAUGGAGUGGCGCCGGUGACAUAAAUGUUACAACAAAUGCUGUUAUGUCAGAGGCCAAUACUGCUACAGGUUUGGGUCUCGGUCCAAUUAGUGAAAAUGGUUUGAAAGAUUCUUCUUUUGACAAGUCAAAAGAUACUAUUGAUUCUAGUAAUUCAAAUCGUGAUUUGGAUUCUGGUGAAAGUGAUUGUUCGAAAGAUCAAACGAAUGGGAAGACUCAAUCAAGAUUGUUUAUAGGCAGGCCCAAGGAUCAAGAAAAUUCAGAAGAGAAGUUCAGGUUUUCGCCUGGCGGAACAAGUGAGGAAGUGAUUGGUUCUAGAGAUGAAGUGAAAUCAAAGGGUUUUCAGAGUGGUGAAGAUUUUGGUGGGCAGGCUGAAAUCCGAAGUCAAGGUGAAAAUUUUGAGUCACGAUCAAUUUUGCAGGCUCCUCAGAAGACUGUGAGAGACUCUGGGCCAGAUGAGGGCGGUACCGGAUCAAAGAUUAAAGAGGAUUUUGCUGCUCUCUACAUAGGGAUUGAAGCAGAAUCAAUGGGGGCGCGUAAGGAAAUUGAAAAGAAAGAACUUGCCUCAUCCAAGAAGUUAUCUGUUAGUUUUGCAUCAAGAGUCGAAGAUUCUGCAUCCCAGGGAAUGAAGCUCGAGAGGCAAGUUUCAGCACCUGAACAGAUCAAGAAGACAGAAGCUUUGAGAGAAACGAGUUCCAGUUAUGGAAAUAGUCGGACACCAUUCUCUGGUAAAUUGAUGACACAAGCUCAGGAAGGCUUUGAUUCAUUUAAAACGCCACCUCCAGAUCAAAAUCAAGUUCAAUGGGUAAGGCAGUCAAAAGGAAGUCAGGAACUGAAGGAUCUGAAAACGAAAGCCACUGAGCUUGAAAAGCUCUUUGAUGAGCAUAAACUACGAGGUACUGGAGAUCAGUCAUAUACUUCCCUCAGAGGCAAGUCUGCUAACAUUCGGCCUAAACAAGUAGCAGAUAUAGCUCUCUCUCAAUUGUCUGAUAAUUACCCAUCAACUGAAUCUGCUAGGAGUCCUAAAAACAAGACUGGAUUCAUUGCUGCGCCACUUUUGGGAACUGUUGACACUCAGAACUAUAGUGAUGAUUUAAACAAAGACUUCAAUGAGCUUAGUGUUUCAGAAUGUUCUCGUGGCAAAUUCUAUGAUAGGUAUACACAGAAGAGAGAUGCAAAACUAAGGGAUGAAUGGUGUUCCAACAGAGUGGGGAAAGAAGCAAAGUUGAAGGCUAUGAAGGAUAGCCUUGAGCAGAGUAGAGCUGAGAUAAAGGCCAAACUUUCAGAAUCUGCAGAUAGACAUGAUUCAAUUUCCAGUGCCCGUCGACGCGCUGAGCGACUCAGAUCAUUUAACAUCAAUUCAAGUACGAUGGACCAGCAACAUUUGGAAUUUGGGAACAGUGAAGGAGAUGAAAAUGCUUUAGAGUUUCUAGAGCAGAAGCGUGCUCGUGAUAAUAUGGUAUCAGAUGCGACCUCUUGCGUGGAUGAUGGCAGUAGGAGUGUGCAGGAAAAGAAACUUUUACCCACUAAAAGUAUGCGCUAUUCUACACCUCGCCAAUUAGCAGCUCCUGCUCCAAGGGCUGCUACCAAAGUUUCCAGUAUUAAUACUGGGAGACGAAGAAUGCAACCUGAAAAUGCUCUUGCACAAUCUGUUCCCAAUUUUUCUGACCUUAGAAAAGAAAAUACCAAACCUUGUGGUGGAACCAGUAAAAUGAUUCGUCCACAAGAAAGAAACUCUGCCAGCAGCAAGAGCAGGAGUGAAGAAGCACAAAUUGUUGAGGAGGAGAAGUCACGCGAUCACAUUUGCUGAGAAAAAGCUCCGCAAAUCCCGUAGAUAUCAGGGACAUGUCUCCGCUGGACUCCAGUGGUGGUGUAAUGGCACCACUAAAAUUUGAUGAGGAAAUUUUGAGCAAUGUUCAGACUAGGCCUUUUUCUAAAAAUGGGUAACCGCACAGGAUUUGCUGCUAGAGCAAGUAUUUUAAAGAAAGAACCCCCUUGUCAUCUGAGCCUAUAAUUGAUGAUGAAAAUAAUGACCUGAGUCAUCUGGGCAAGACGACUUCGUAAACAUGGUUAAUGAUAAAGGAGGGGAAGGGUGUGAGACCAUGAACCCUGAAGGUGAUAGCAACUUAGACAAUGGAGAAGAAAGAAUGAACUUGGAAUCAGAGAGUUUGUUCAAUUCUGUAUCAGAAAUUGGUGAUUCUAUUGAGAUCAAUUUCUCAACUGAAGCAGGCUUUAGGUGCUAAGUUGCCACCUAGUAUGCCUUCCAGCUUCCAUCCUUUUAAAUCUAUGCAAGAUUGGCCUGGGGGAAGUCCCAUGUCAUGGCACUCAAGCACUCAAAAUCCCUUUUCUCAUUCUAAUGAGAUGUCUGAUGUUGACGCUUCAGUGGACUUGCCAGUAGGAAGCCCUGCUUCGUGGAAUUCACAUUCUUUAAGUCAAAUAUAGACUGAUGCAGCUUGAAGGAGGAAGAAAUGGGGAACAUCUCAGAAGCCAACACCGACGACAUCUUCCUCCAAUAAUUCACCUUGCAAGGAUAUGACUAGCGGAUUUAAAAGUUUUCUAAAUUUUGGUUGGAAAAAUCGUGGCUCAGAGAGUUUUGUUGAUUGGAUCUCUGUAACCACGUUUGAAGGAGACAGUGAUACAGAAGAUGGAUGGGAUCCUGCCAAUUGGCCAUCAGAAGAUCUGAGGAAGUCGAGAAUGAGAUUUUCUCAAGCACAACCUUCUGAUGAUAGCUUCAAUGAACGUGAGUUUUCCAAGGAACAGGGUGAAUUAUGAUAUUUCAUUAUCUAAUAACUUUUUCUGUUUGUUUACUAGAUCAGUUAUUUUUGGCACCUAGUUUUUAUUAUUUUUGUCCUAUUUGAGUUUAAUUUAUAGUAACAUCAUGUGAUAAAUUAUAUGUAAUUUCAACAAUAGCACUUUGGUUUUGCAAAUUUUGGACCCAAUAGUUAUAUGCCUCUAGUUCUGGAAUACAAUGGUCAACUCCCUUUCGACAUUGUGUUCUGAAAACGGGCUCCGGAAAUGUGACUAGUAUUUAUGUUCUGGGUUUUAUGGCGCAAUAUUGUUGGAACAAUUAUUUGAAAGGCAUGCCUAAACAUGUGAAGCAUAGGAUGAAUAUUAUUUGUCGCUCUUUUUCUUGA